GCUGAACAAGAGUUUCCAAGUGUUUUCCCAAAACGAAGAUGGCGGUACAAGAAACAGCUGCUCAACUAUCUAUGGCUCUUAAGGUUCAAGAAUAUCCAACUUUGAAGGUUCCUUAUGAGACCUUAAAUAAACGCUUCCGUGCGGCUCAGAAGAACAUAGACCGGGAGACUAGUCACGUGACCAUGGUGGUUGCCGAGCUGGAGAAGACACUCAGCAGUUCCUUCCCAGUAGUGGAUUCUGUGGUCUCACUUCUGGAUGGCGUGGUUGAAAAGCUAAGUGCACUCAAAAGGAAGGCGGCUGAGUCCAUUCAGGCAGAGGAUGAGAGUGCCAAGCUAUGCAAACGACGCAUUGAGCAUCUGAAAGAGCACAGCAGUGACCAGCCGGCCAAUGUCAGCGUGUGGAAGAGGAAGCGUAUGGACCGAAUGAUGGUGGAACAUCUGCUGCGCUGCGGUUAUUACAAUACUGCAGUUAAGCUUGCGCGCCAGAGCGACAUCGAGGAUUUGGUCAAUAUUGAGAUGUUCCUUACUGCAAAGGAAGUGGAAGAAUCCCUUGAAAGGCAGGAAACAUCGACCUGUCUGGCCUGGUGCCAUGACAACAAGUCUCGUUUGCGGAAAAUGAAGAGCUGUUUGGAAUUCAGUUUGAGGAUCCAGGAAUUUAUUGAGCUCAUUCGACAGAACAAACGCAUGGAUGCAGUAAGACAUGCACGGAAACACUUCAGCCAAGCAGAAGGUGGGCAGCUGGAUGAGGUUCGGCAGGUGAUGGGCAUGUUGGCUUUCCCGUCUGACACCCACAUUUCCCCAUACAAGGACCUUCUGGAUCCUGGCCGCUGGAAAAUGUUGAUUCAGCAAUUCAGAUAUGACAACUACAGAUUACACCAGCUGGGAAACAAUUCUGUGUUCACCAUCACACUCCAGGCUGGCCUUUCCGCCAUCAAAACCCCGCAGUGUUACAAAGAGGAUGGUACAUCGAAAAACCCAGACUGCCCUGUAUGCAGCAAGUCACUAAACAAGUUAGCCCAACCUCUCCCCAUGGCCCACUGUGCAAAUUCCCGUCUGGUGUGUAAAAUCUCAGGCGAGGUCAUGAAUGAGAACAAUCCACCCAUGAUGCUGCCUAAUGGCUAUGUUUAUGGCUACAAUUCCCUCUUGUCUAUUCGUCAAGAUGACAAAGUAGUGUGCCCCAGAACCAAAGAAGUCUUCAAUUUCUCCCAGGCUGAGAAGGUCUACAUCAUGUGAUGAGACCUCCAGACGGUAGAUCUUGGUUCUUUAUGACACCACCCUGGGCUGGAUGAAUGCCAGGGUGACUAGUUCAAGGGCCUCAAUUCCCCAGCCCAUAUUCCAUGAGACUGAAUUCAGUUGACAACAUGCCCUCUGCUGACCUGCAAAACCUUUACCGAAGCAAAGGUUUAGAAUCAAUUUGAGGUUUUACCGUGCAACUGAAUGGUAAAAAUAGGGAAGAAUAUCUGUCAUUUCACAAGGUUGAUAUUUUGGCAUUUACUUUUUUUGGGGUUCUUUAUAGUUGUGUGGUGAGGACAAAAGGACAUGACUCCAUAUCAUAUACCUGAGAGAUUCUCCUUUUUUAAAAUGUGUUUAAGAAAACUGACUAUUCAUUGGUUUUUCAUCAAGGGUGACCAUUUUGCAUCCCUCUUUUUAGACAGAUUGUGACAGGGUCAUAAUUGGGAUACCUUUCUAAGGCCUUGUUUAAGCACCUGUGAAAUCUGUUAACAUGUUGAAUACUGGCACAUUUUAACAAACUUGCUCAUCCAUACAGUUGCCUGUUAGAAAGUAUAGUAGCAUCAGUGGCAAUAUUUCUCACAUAUUUCUUGGUUGGUGUAACUAGGUGUAGAAGGACAUCAUGAUCUGUGGGUAGCUAUCUGUAAAGGGUUGUUAGCUGACAUUUUACAUUACAUGCUGUGUUAGACGUAUCAGUGAUUGGUAACAGCAUUACUUGCAGUACAUCAAAUAAAGCCUUGUAUUCUCAUCAUGACCAAACUCAUACUGUUAGGUCAGGUGUAGCAGGAUUACAUUGUGAGCAGUGUAAACUUUCAAGGUUGCUUUGUAAGGAAAUCUAUAUGUUACCACACAAAACAUGAUCGGUUGUGACACUAUCCAUGACUUAAUGCCAAAUUUAGUGGUGUAUUUGGGAUUAAAGAUGCAUUCAUUUACCAGAGUGGUCUGUGGUGUCUGGAUCUCAGGUUAGAUUCGUUUCAUAUACAGUACACUAUAUGGUGUGACGCAGUAUGUCUUCAUACCUCACAAGGCCGUUACUUCAGAUUUCCCUAAAUAGGCUGUCUUCCUAUUUUGUGUUAGGUCUAAAUAGUAAGGGCUACAUGGGCUUGGGACUGAUGUGGUUCAUGGUUUUAAUCAGUCACUUGUCAAAUGUUAUUUUAAGUGUGUGCUUCAGAUAGUUAGUUAUUUCAUGGUAAUUUAAAACAAAAUAAUAAAAUGUAAUGCAUCAUUGGUCAAGCAAACGUUUUCUAUUUUAAAGUCUCAAUUUUUCCCAGAUUUCACUGGAGCAACUGCAGGGUAACUGAUGGGUAGUCUAUGACCACCCAGGCCCUACUUUCUAAGCACACCACAAUUUUUCCUUUGUAUUGGCAAGUUGCUUCCAAAUGUGCUAUUUUAUUGUAAGUGUGGAAAAGCUACCUAGAUACUUCUCCUGCAUGUGUAUAUUCUUAGGCUAGUUGAGUUGUUCAUGUCUAGUCACCAAUAAAAAAUUAAUUUGAUUAAA